UGUAGAUUCCAUUUUGUUGCAAUUCAGACGGAGUCGAGGAGAGAGAGGAUAGAGGAGAGAUAGAGAAGCGGCGUCCCAACGGCCGCUUUUAACAUUUAUCACCACACAAACUUCGACAGAGAGAGACUUGUAGGAAAUAUAGCUCGCUUUGCUGUACGUCCUACACAGUCCAUCCAAAGGGAGAUUAAAAAUCUCCCAUUUUAUUUUGUUUUUUUUCCUCUGUGACGAAGGGCUUCAUCAACCAAACGCCUGAAGAAGUCGGUCUUCGACUUCUUGGAGCAUCGUGUGCCGAGGUUGAAUUGAUGUUCAGCUCGGUGCCACGGCAAAACAACGCUCAUUGGCACAUGAAAACCUUAGACCUUGCUGCUGGACACAGACGUGCAGUGAGAAGUAGACUGAGAACUACUUCGAGGACCUGGGGCCCGAUUGGAGGCGAAAGAUUGAAGAGAGAUCUCUGCUUCAUCAACUUUCUAACAACAAAGAGGUGACACGUAGUGCAGAAGCAUUAUGGGAGGCGGAGAGAGGUACAACAUUCCAGUGUCCCACCCUGAGCGCCCUUUGCCCAAGAAGAACCACCAGCUUGGUCGGGCUAAGCAGAGAAGCCGUGAUCAGAACGGAGCAGCAGCAUCUGCAGGAGGGGUAGGGGGCCUUCACCACCAUGGCCACCGCCGGAGCGACAAAGGCGCAGCCUACCACAGGUCUCCAGAGGCGCGGCAGGCCGUGUCUGCAGAGAAGAAUGCUUCUGUCCGUUUUGCCACCAACUAUGAUCAUAACUGGGAGGGUGCAGUGUCUCACCUCAACACGCUCCUGGCCACCCAGGGAAGUCCAAGCUACGCGGGGCCGAAGUUCAGCGAGCCACCUUCACCUAGCGUGUUGCCCAAACCCCCCAGCCACUGGGUGUCCUUCCCGAUGGGCUCCUGUGACAACAGGGAGAUGAUGGCCUUCCAGCUCAAGAGCCUCCUCAAGGUGCAGGCCUGAGAGGGAUACCCACACUUGAUCGAUAUGAAAUAAGCCAAUGAACUGGGACUCUUCCGAGGGCAUGCACCCACCAGGAACGCCUCAGUGCUGUAAUACUUUUAGCUGUUUUUAGAUUGACCUCUCCGAGCGGAUGCAUUUGCAGCAGUGUUUUGCAGUGAAUGUUUAUUUUUUAAAUUUAAAAGAUAUUACAGCCCUGGAGCCUUGCUGGUCGGUGACGCUUCUAGUGGAGUCAGUUUCUGUGACUAAUGACAAACUGGAUAUCCUUAAUACUUUUGUUUUGUUCUUCUUAUUUUUUAAGUUGGCUGUCAAAGCAGAUUGAGUGUGCUUUCUUUCCACAAACGAGGGAUCUAGUAUAGGUCAGGUAAAUUCCCAACACUUUUACGGUCCAUUUCUGUGGACAGACAUGUCUUUUUAAUUUUUUAAGUCCAAGUCUUUAGAGUCACCUCUGAAGCUUCAGGUGCUAAAGCAAACUCACAUUUGUAGCAUUUGUUGUUGUUUUUUGACUAGGGCCCAACUUCUUUUUUUCUUAUAUGUAAUUGCGUUCCUUGUUUGGCAAAGAAAGGACACUCGACUGCAAUUCUGCAGGGAAAAUGCUAUCUUACUGGAGGUAAUAAGCUGUAGUGAGUAAGUACAGGUCAUAAGUAUAACCUCAAACUGAAGGGUAAUAAGAGACCAUGGCACACGGGCCUUGGGCUGUCAACUCCUGUACCUUUUUUAUUGCGCUGUGCGCACAUGCACUAUAGGAGUUGAGCUGGUCCAAGGCCCACAACACUCUAUCAUAGCAUUAUUUUGUACAAGUCCUUUUUUGUUGUGGUUGAAUGAUGUAUGAAGUGCUGUGUGUAACCAAAGCAAUGUUUUUGCUGUAUUUCUUUUAUUUUUUUUUAGUGGACAUCCUCUGUGUGGUUGGCAUUACUGCCACUGCCACUUUAACCUUGCCAGCCCAGAGUGGCGAACGGGGUAAGAGUCCUCUGGGUCACUUCCAACUGUUCAUCUGUUCCAAUCAGUACUGUUAUUGCUCCUCAGCCUCGGCCUGUUCAGGGCAGUGCUGCAGCUUCAACAUGCGGAAGAGGGCCGGGGCGUACACGUGGGACUGUGUUUUGGUUUCACUCACAUGACUUGGUCCUGUUGACUGCACGCAUUUGUAAGCAAGGUAAGGCAGAGCUGAGGAAGGUUUCUGAAGCGAAGUGACCCGAGGGGACUCGACACAUGGCGGGAGGCCGGUGUUUAUGUUUACAAAACAGGUCUCAGCUGACGACCAUCCUAUAAUCAACAGACACCCUCCGCCUCGUGCCUCUCGUUUGCCCUCUUGCACUGCAAUCAAAAGUUUUUGAAUAAGUUACAGGUCUGGAUGCUAGUGAAACGAUGGAGGCGUAAUUGACUAUCUCCCUAUGGAUUCUCUAUUUUUGUGAUUCAAUCCUCUAUUGAGGCUCUCUCUUUGCUUUCCCUUUGCAGAAUUGGAGCUGUUUAUGGCCAGCCUAAAGAAAAAAAACCAACAAAACAAAGUAUGAGAGCUUGUUAGUGUGUUCAAGAGCCAUGUAAAUAAUGAAAUGUAUAAAGUACUUGUAGCAUAUGUACAUUUACAGGCUGAGUUUAAAGCCUGUCUGACAAAAGUAUUUUUAGUAAUAACACUGAAUGUAUAAGACAUGCUAAGGACAUGUCUUGACUUCAAUGUCUUGACUUCAAUACUGAAGAAUAUUUUUGUUAAAAAAAAAAAUCUGCCUAAAGCAUUUGCCAGUACCCCUGCACUGUUAUCUUUCCAGAGAUCUUGCACAUGUUUUUUAUUGUUUUGUAUUAUGCAGUGUAGGGUGAAAGAUGCUAAAUGCAAAUUUUAAGUAAAAAAAAAUGAUACAAACACAACAAAUUUAUGAAUUGGACCCUCGAGGAGACUUGCUCAUGUAUGGAUUUGAGUUCCGAAUGUGCUUACUGUGGGUAAGCGUGACGCUCUUUUAAUCUUGAGUUUGACCUGUUUGUGCCUAAGUUGAAAUCCAUGCUGAAACCGACCCGAGUUUCAUCAGGUGGCGACGCCACAAAUCGACCAAAUGUUCUCAUCAGAACCGCCUUCACUCCUCGGCUGUUCUUCCGCCAGCCGACGACUGAACCCGGUUCCACGCUGUGUUAAAUACUACCUUCUAUCGGUUGUUAACGUUCAACUUUUUUGUUUCUUCCGUUCCCUGAUUGAGUCAUGCAUGGUGAAGUCUCCUUACUCUAAAUUUGAAACAUGUCAUGAAUUGGCUUCUAAUUUGUUCCCCCUGAUUUAAAAAAUGUCACUGAUGAUGGAAAAAAGGCCCUGUUUUAAAAAAAAAUUGGUAUCAAUUGGUGUUUUUAAAAAAAGAAAAUGUUGAAGAAUGCACUCUGUGAAUUGAUGACAAAAUUUUUACAAAAAAAGAAAUAAAUCCCUUCCCCUCCCCCCUA